AUGUGCGCCAAGAGAACUGCUGAAACGAUCAAGGAAGAUGACUAUCCGCGAUUCAAAGUUCGUGCCGACAUCAAAAGCUUUACAACUUACACUCAGCCGGACAAGAGCUUCUACUUGUGCCCAAAAGCUAGAGAAAUAGCUCCAUUGCCCGGAAGAAAACUCCCCGCAAUUGCCGACAAAGUAAAAAAUAACUGGAGAAUUCAUCUCUCUUGCUCUGAAAAAAUCCUCGAUCUGAGCGACCCAGAACAAGUCAAAUUCUUCGAAAGCAUUCCUGAAAUUCUAGGAAACAACGCGAGCGUGGUUUUCUACAUCAAGUAUUGGAAGCCAAGCUCCGAAAACUCCAACCGACAGGACAAUACCGCUCAAGAAAUUGAAGGAACCUUCUUCUUUGACGGAAUCGCAUGCACUCGCAUCUAA